AUGUAUUCGGAAAACAUGCUGACCCGGCUCCUGACCAUCGGCCAUAUGGCCCUGAUCAUCUUCCAUCUCCAACUUUCUGCCUGCCAUCCGUUGACUUCUGGCCCGCGUUAUGAGGCAAGAGGAGUCACCACCAGCCAUCGCUAUCCAACCCGCGAACUUGCGGGCAUCACAGUGAUUGACACCCCCCUCGUGCGCUCAGCCCAAGCCUUUGCUCUCGCACACAGCAGCUCAACAACCUACAACCACGUAAUGCGCUCGUGGCUGUUCGGCGCCCUCAUGGUUAAGAACAACGCAACUCUACAACGAACGAUUGACCUCGAGAUCCAAGCCGUGUCAGCCUUGUUGCAUGAUCUUGGCUGGGACCAAACCCCAUCGUCCCCUAUCAUAUCCCCCGACAGACGCUUCGAAGUAGAUGGCGCCAUUGCCGCCCGUGCCUUUCUCCAUGACCACCCUCACGGCAAGAAGUGGAAUGAACGCCGCGUGCAACUCGUCUGGGACGCCAUCGCUCUGCACACCGAACGAGCCUUGAACUACUUCAAAGAGCCCGCCGUCCGCCUAGUCAGCCAGGGUAUAAGCCUUGAUUUUGAGACGGCAGAGAUAGCGAAAGCCACGUUCGGGAUACCUAUUUCGGAGUACCGGGCUGUUGUGGCCGAGUUUCCAAAAGAAGGGUUCAAGCAGGCGUUGAACGAGACGUUUGUGUGGCUUUGCCGGGAGAAGCCGGGGAGCACUUAUAGUGAAACUAAAACAGACACCUGGAUGCAGCCUUGGGGAGACCGAUAUGUGGAUGGGUAUAACUCGAGCGCGAAUUUGAGGAUCGAUAUUAUUGACAGGAAUCUUCCUUGA